AUGAUUCCUAUUCUAGAAGACUUCUUUCCCUCGACAACAGAGGAUGUACAAGGUGAAGAUGAACAACCAACCACAAACCCACAUUUUGAUGACUUAUUUGAGGAAAUUGAAGCUGAAUUGUAUCCCGAUUGUGAUUGGAUUUCGUCUCUCAAAUUUUUAGCAAAGCUAUUGCAUUUAAAAGUUAUAGGAAAAAUUCCUAAUAACAUCUUUGAAGAAUUGUUGAAGCUGUUAAAGUUUGCAUUUCCGAAGGAAAAUAAUAUUCCAGCAACAUACUACGAGGCAAAAAAGAGAUUGAAGAAAUUAGGCUUGGGUUAUGACUCUAUCCAUGUCUGUUUGUAUAAUUGUUGCUUAUUUUAUAAGGAGAAUGCAUCCAAGGAGGCUUGUCCAAUUUGCGGAACUAGUCGUUGGGUUAAUUCCGAGAACGGCAAAGCAAAAAAAGUUCCUUGCAAAGUCAUGCGAUACUUUCCGUUGACACCUCGACUUAAAAGAUUAUAUAGUUCGAGGAUUACAGCGAAGAGCAUGAUAUGGCAUCAUACUGGAAAAUCAAAAGAUGAUGGGGUGUUGCGACACCCGGUCGAUGGUCUCGCUUGGAAAGACUUUGAUGCAAAACAUCCUGAGUUUGCAAGGGACCCAAGAAAUGUUCGACUAGGGUUAGCUGUUGGUGGAUUUAAUCCAUUUGGCAACAUGAGUCUUGCAUACAGCAUGUGGCCAGUGGUGUUGGCUAACUAUAAUCUACCACCUUGGUUAUGUAUGAAAGAUAAUUAUUUUUUGCUAUCUACCCUAAUUCCUGGUGCAAAAUCUCCUGGUAAAGACAUGGAUAUAUUUUUAAGACCUUUGGUGGAUGAAUUAAAGGAGUUGUGGAAUAAUGGGGUACCAACGAGAGAUAGUUCGACCAACUCGAUGUUCACCAUGCGUGCUGCGCUUUUGUGGACAGUGAAUGAUUUUCCUGCUCGUAGUAGCUUGUCUGGGUGGAGUGGUCAAGGUUAUAAAGCUUGCCCUACUUGUAAUGAAGACACGACGUCCAUUCGAGUGAUCGGGAAGACAUCAUAUGUUGGUCAUAGAAGGUUCUUGCCAAGUAACCAUGCAAUGAGAAGGGAUACUCGAUUUGAUGGUAAAGUUGAAAGAAGACCUCCUCCAAGACGAUUUACUUGUGAAGAGAUAUUAUCACAAGUUAAUACUCUCGAACCCCAAAUUCCCGGACAUCAUGAAAAUUUUGGGGGCGUGAAACGUAGAAGAGUUGCAGAAACUUGUAAUUGGAGGAAAAAAAGUAUUUUCUACGAGUUGGAGUAUUGGAGCACGAAUAUUUUAAAACACUACCUUGAUGUCAUGCAUGUUGAGAAGAAUGUGUGUGACAGUCUCCUAGGAACCAUCUUGGAUAAUGAUAAAUCCAAGGACACAACCAAUGCGCGACAUGAUUUAAAGAAGAUGGGUAUAAGGGAAUCGUUGUGGAUUUAUGAAGAUGGGAAUGGUAGGCUAAUGAAACCGCAUGCUCCUUAUGUUUUGACUCGUGAGAAAAGACAACUUUUUUGUCAGUUUGUUAAAGGAAUCAAGUUUCCCGAUGGCUUUUGUUCAAAUUUAAAGAGCAAAGUUUCACCAGAUGAAUCUAACAUUAUUGGGUUAAAAUCCCACGAUUGUCAUGUCAUUAUGCAGCGAGUACUAGCGGUUGGUGUCCGUAAAUUUCUACCUCGUGACACUGCAACAACUAUUACUCAGCUGUGUAAUUUUUUCAACAGUUAUGCUCUAGAACUCUAA